AUGGAAAACCUUGCGGAUAACGAGAUGCUUGUCGACGACUACGACCAAUAUGCGAAUGAGAAGGCCGAUGUCGUCGUGGUCUCUCCCGCGGGCUCCAACGAGCCUGAACCGUCUGCCGCUGACCAUCGCAUCUGCCUAUCCUAUCCGCUCGCCUAUGCCACAGCCUACAAGCCAGGAAAAGAAUCGGGAGCGCCAGCGCUCUUGGUCCCGCCUCUCUGCGUGUCCUGGUCGCACGACCUUGGGAUAACAUUUAAGAGAGCUGUGGCGGGUAAGCGGAAGGCGGAGCGGAUUGAUUUGAUGACACGGCUUCAGCGCAGGGCUUGCGAGAAUCCAAUGCCAGACUACGCGGCCAUGAUGGCGCGAGUACUUCCGCAGAACUCCGAUCUCGAGACCUUGGAUGAAGUGCACCACACAUGGCACAUCGAGAAUUGGAGGAAGAUGGACCGAAAGUCGCACGGUCCUAUCUUCAAGUGCGGCGGAUCACCAUGGCGCAUCCUGUUCUUUCCCUUUGGCAACCAUUCAGAGCAUGCCUCACUCUACCUGGAACACGGGUGGGGAGAUGAGCCGCCAGAGAAUUGGUAUGCCUGCGUUCAAUUCGCUUUGGUCCUGUACAAUGUGAAAGAUCCCACGGUGUUUGUCUCACACGUCGCGACUCAUCGCUUCAACGCGGAAGAAGCAGACUGGGGCUUCACUCGAUUCUACGACCUCAAGAGCCUCUUCACCGAUUCGUUUGAGGGCAAGAACGUUCCACUUGUACAGGAUGACGAGGCCAUGGUGACCGCCUACGUGCGAGUCGUCAAGGACCCGACUGGAGUGCUUUGGCACAACUUUCACAAUUACGACUCCAAGAAAGAGACCGGCAUGGUUGGUCUUCGCAACCAAGGUGCCACCUGUUAUCUCAACUCCCUCAUCCAGUCUUUGUACUUCACCAACGCUUUCCGCAAGGCUGUGUAUGAUAUUCCCACGGAGGCAGAUGCAUCCCGCGAGAACAGCGCUUGGACUCUCCAAAGACUCUUCUACAAUCUUCAAACUGCGGAAAAAGCAGUGUCGACCACCGAACUCACAGCUUCCUUCGGUUGGGACUCGAGACAGACAUUCGAGCAACAAGACGUUCAAGAGUUGUCACGAAAACUCAUGGAACGACUAGAGGAAAAAAUGAAGGGCAGUGUUGCCGAGAAGGCUCUACCGGAGUUGUUUGUCGGCAAAACCAAGACGUACAUUUCAUGUAUCAACGUGGAUUAUGAGUCGUCUCGUAUCGAGGACUUUUGGGAUAUUCAGCUCAAUGUCCGCGGGAACAAGACCCUGGAGGAUAGUUUCCGUGAUUACAUCCAAGUGGAGAUUCUUGAAGGGGAGAACAAGUAUGACGCGGGCCCUCCAUAUGGUCUACAAGAUGCCAAAAAAGGUGUCAUUUUUGAGAGCUUUCCGCCUGUACUGCAUCUCCACCUGAAACGAUUCGAAUACGACCUUAAUGCCCUUACGAUGAUGAAGGUCAACGACCGCCAUGUGUUUCCGAUGGAAUUUGAUGCUGCACCUUAUCUGUCUUCCAACGCUGAUAUGUCCGAGCCUUGGAUCUACGAGUUGCAUGGUGUGCUGGUUCACAGUGGCAGCCUGGAUGCCGGCCACUACUACGCAUUUUUGAAGCCAACCAGGGAUGGUCAUUGGUAUCGCUUCGACGACGACCGUGUGAACCGUGCGACCGAGAAGGAGGUGUUGGAAGAGAACUAUGGAGGAGAGUACGAGUUUGCCAACGGUGGCGCUGGAGUGCGCCAGCCCUACACCCAGAAAUACUCCACCAAGCGCUCAAUGAACGCGUACAUGUUGGUCUACGUUCGCAAGACUCGCUCGGACAAGGUUCUCCAUCCCAUCACCAAGGAAGAUGUGCCUUCUCACAUUGCGGAGCGCCUCGCACAGGACCGAGCGGAGAUGUUGCAGCGACAAAAGGAGAAGGAGGAGGCUCACUUGUACAUGAACGUUGGCGUGCUCAGUGAAGACACAUUCAAACAGCAUCAGGGCUUCGACCUUACAAGUGCCGAUCUCCCAGCUGAACAUCCGGCUCUCCCAGCCCAGUAUCGAAUCCUCCGCGCCAAGAAAGUGGGCGAAUUCGCUCAGGAGCUAGCCAAAGAGCGUGGUCUUGACGCAAAGUCCAUUCGAUUCUGGGCAAUGGUCUCCCGUCAGAACAAGACCACUCGGCCUGACCAAGUGAUCAAGGACAACGAGAUGACGAUCGAGGAAGCUUGCACAAAGUAUGGCACUCGGGGCAACAUGUUCCGGCUGUGGAUGGAAACUGCACCUCUGGGUCCAGAUGGACAGCCCCAGGACUGGCCUGACAACGAUUCCAUCCUCAUCUUCCUCAAGAACUUCGACGUGGCCUCCCAAAGCUUGACAGGCGUGGGACCCGUCUACGUCCGUAAAAAUCAGAAGGUCCAGGAACUGGCGCCGAUCAUUCUCUCCAAGAUGAACUGGCCUGCCGGAACCGAUUUCAUGCUGUUUGAGGAAAUCAAGCAUAACAUGAUUGAUGUCAUGAAGCCCAAGCAGACUUUCCAGCAGUCAGAGAUUCAAGAUGGCGAUAUCAUCACGUUCCAGCGGACAGUGAAGGAUACCGAGCUCCCAUCUACGGCUCUUUACACGGAUGCACGACAAUACUAUGAUUACCUCCUCAACCGCAUGGACGUCACGUUUGCUCCUAUUCGACCCGGCGAGGGCGAGGAAUUCGUCCUGACCCUGAGCCGUAAGUUGACCUACGACCAAUGGUCUCAGAAGGUGGCCGAGCAUCUCAAGGUUGAGCCCACCCACUUACGAUUCGCCCCUGUCACGGCCAGCAAUGGCAAGGCCAAGUCAUUCCUGAAGCGGACCACCACAUCCAAUCUUGCUCAGAUUCUCAACGGCCAAUACGGCGCCUAUGGCUACACUGUGCACCGGUCUGACUCUUUGUACUAUGAGGUGCUCGACAUGAGUCUGAGCGAUUACGAGAGCAAGAAAUCUUUCAAGGUUGUGUACCUGCCGGAGGGAAUUACUAAAGAAGAAAUGGUCGAGGUCUUGGUUUCCCGUAAUGGUACAGUCACUGAGCUUUUGGCCGCCUUGCACAAGAAAGCCAAUCUCGAUGAGAACGUACUCCAGGAGCUGAAGCUCUUCGAGGCACACAACGGCAAGAUUUAUAAGGAACCAAAUGGUGAAACAAACGUCUCAGCUAUCAACGAGUACUCCACGAUUUACGCAGCUCGCGUCCCCGCCGAGGAGCUCAACAUGGAGGAGGGUGAUCGUUUGGUCAGCGCAUACAACUUUGACAAGGAAGCCAACCGUACACACGGUGUGCCCUUCAAGUUUGUCAUAAAAUCAGGCGAGAUAUUCAAGGAGACCAAGACGCGUCUUUCCAAGAGGACAGGUCUCAAGGGCAAGCCCUUUGAGAAGAUCAAGUUUGCCGUCGUGACUCGAGCUUCGUUCUCGGCUCCCAAGUAUCUUGAAGAUGACGAUAUCCUCUCUGACAUUAUUGGCCCUGACGAUUAUCUGGGCUUGGAUCAUCCCAGUAAGAGUCGCGGAUUCUGGGGCAAGAGCGAGAGCUUCUUCAUCCGAUAA